CUCGGUGGCUUAUUCGGGGUAUUUUUUAACCCACUUGGCACAUAAGUCGAGGCUUUCCCUUGGUGCAGCAUCUGUGGCUUUGGCCUUGCUGUGUGCUUUCUGUUCUUCCUCUGGAGCUGAGUUGACUUUGGAACCAAAUUGCCAUGAAGACACCAUUGAUUUGGGAGAGCUGCUGCCAGCAGUUGCAGCUGAAAAAGGGGGUGUCUGCAGCCACCGGGACGUGCACAGCAUUUGCAAUGAGCCCUGGGGAGUUCUGUUCCCUCAGGCAGGGAGUCUAUGCCAGCAGAGCCUGGAACUCCCUCCGUUUGCUUCUCCAGCCAAGAACUGACCCAGCUCAGUAUUUUGUGCUGUUCUCUUGCUUGCUGUGGGAAGGGACUGUGGCUCCUGGAGGGAUGUGUGAAAGCAAAAUGCUCUCUUGGGGUUGCCUUGCUCUGUGGCAUUUCCCACCAUGGGCAGUUUUUCUCCUAACAGCUUCUGGUUCAUGUUCCCUCUCCCAUUUCAGGGCACUUCUUCUGUGGAUCCCAGGCAGCUCCUCCUUCGGUGAGUGGGAAAGGAACCUUUGGUGUUUGGAAUUGUGCAGAAAGUUGUGAGCUCGGCAUGUGGCAGCCAAGUGCCAGCCUGGGAGGCUGAAGGAAAGUUCCUGUCAGUGUCUUUGCAGCAGCAGCAGCAGCAGCAGCAGUGGGAUCCCAGUCAGUUUUCUCCUUUUCUCCUUUUCUGCUGAAGAGUUUUAGAAGAGCUGCAGGUCUGGCUUUGCUGGCUGGCUUUAGCCAUGGUGGAAUAUUGAAUUCCCAGCAAUAAGUGGCAAUGUCGACUUUAGCCCAUUGUUAGUUGGAACAGCUCCAAACCCAAUUUCUGCUUAGUGCAGCUGGAUGUGCAGCUGAGGAUAUAUAAGGUGAUAACUGAGAUAGAACGUCCCGUCCCUCACACUGCCGUCUGUCCACAGGGCCCAAAAGCAGCACCAGCACCUCCUGGGGCUCCCUCUGCCUCCAAAGAGGAGGAAGACAGCAGUGAGCUUCCCACUGUUCUGGGGGACAAGGGCGAACAUCCCAUGGUGUGGGAAUGCAACGGCGAGGCUUCCGAGGUGUGGGACAAGGACAGUGGACAUCUCCCAGUGUGGGACGAGGAUGGUGGAUGUCCCCUGGUGUGGGACGAGGAUGGCCAAGCUCCCAAAGUGUGGGACGAGGACGAUGGACAUCUCCCAGUGUGGGAUAAGGACAAUGGACAUCUCCCCGUGUGGGAGGAGGAGAGAGAACAUCUCCCGGUGUGGAAUGAGGAUGGAGAACAUCCUGUGCCUUGGGAAGAGGAGACUGAACAUCUCCCAGCAUGGGAAGUGGACAGUGAACCUCCCCUGGCUUGGAAAGAUAAUGGAGAACCUGCAGAGUUUUGGGAAGAGGAUGGAGAAGCUGCAGAAUUUUGGGAAGAGGAUGGAGAACUUCCCUCUGCUUGGGAAGAGGACAGUGAACCUCCCUCCACUGUGGGAUCCUGGGCUGAACAUUCUGACAGCAGCACAGCCCUGCAGCCAGAGGGGAGAGGGGAGUGGUGCCUGAUGCAGCUGAGUACGUCUGCUCUGUUCCUGGGUGCCCGAGCAGGGCGCUGUGUGUGUGUCUCGGCAUCAGCUGCACCCAGGGUUGCUCUGCAGCUGAAUGUCACCGAGCCAUUUCUUGUCCUUCCCCAGCUGAGACCAAGGGGCUCACGGCCCCAGGGAGUGGGGCUGCGUUCUGGCUCUGCUGCAGGGCGGGGUCUCGCUCUGGGAGGGAGCGUCUUCCACGUGGUUUCUUGUGGAGAGUUUUGUGGAGACGUGGCUUGAAGAGAAGGGACAUGAUAAAAUACAGCUGGUAAAGCAAUGGGCCUUUGGCGGGGGGCCUUGGGCAGGGCCACAGUGUCCUUGAGCAGGAAGUUAUACGAUAACGGGAUGCAGAAGCAGAGACUAGCUAAUGAGGGGAGAAAACAUAGGCAUCCUGAGUAUGUGAUAGCAAAGGUUGAGCUGACCUUUUAUAGCGAACCAAUAGUGAGCUUUAGUUUUGCAAUAUGUAUGAGCCUUAUUAUCACUGUUAUAAGAGCACGCAUGUUAAAUCAAUAAACUGAGACUUGUUGAUCAUCA